AUGGAUUUAGACGGCGUUUUCGACGACGACGACGGCACCGCCGAAGUCCUCAACGAUCUGAAAAAUUCCACCACGGAGGACGUCCUCGUGCGCGUCCGUUUACUCGAAAACGAAAUACGAGUCCUGCGAGACGAAAGCAACCGAUUACAACUGGACGUCGGCAGCGAACGAGAACGAGUGAAAGAUAACAUGGAGAAAGUGAAACUGAACAAACAGCUUCCGUAUUUAGUGGCCUCGAUCGUGGAAAUUUUAGAUCUCCAACCGGAAGACGAGGACGAGGAGGCGGACGCGCAAGCGGAUUUGGACGCGCAAAGGAGCGGGAAAGCGGUGGUUUUGAAAACAACCACCAGACAGACUAUCUUUCUCCCGAUAGCUGGGUUAGUAGACGCGAAGGAUUUGAAACCGAGCGACUUAGUCGGCGUGAAUAAGGAUUCGUAUUUGAUCUUGGAUACGCUUCCGGCGGAGUACGACUCGAGGGUGAAAGCGAUGGAGGUGGACGAGAAACCAGUCGAGGAUUACUCCGACGUCGGGGGGUUAGAUAAGCAGAUUCAAGAGAUGAGAGAGGCGAUUGUUUUGCCGAUGACGCACAGAGAACACUUCGUAAAACUUGGCAUACGAGCGCCAAAAGGAUGUUUGUUAUACGGCCCGCCGGGAACGGGGAAAACGCUGUUGGCGCGAGCGUGCGCGGCGCAAACGAACGCUUGUUAUUUGAAGUUAGCUGGGCCUUUGUUGGUGCAAAUGUUCAUCGGAGACGGGGCGAAAUUAGUUCGAGACGCGUUCGAGUUGGCGAAAGAGAAAGCGCCGGCGAUUAUAUUCAUCGAUGAAAUCGACGCCAUCGGUACGAAACGUUUCGAUUCCGAUACCAACGGCGAUCGCGAGGUGCAAAGAACUAUGUUAGAAUUGUUGAACCAAUUAGAUGGUUUUAGUUCGGACGAUCGAGUGAAAAUUAUCGCCGCGACCAACCGAGCGGACAUUUUAGAUCCCGCGUUGUUGCGCUCUGGACGUUUAGAUCGAAAAAUCGAGUUCCCUCACCCGAACGAAGACGCCCGUUCGCACAUCUUACAAAUCCACGCGCGCAAAAUGAACGUCUCCCCGGACGUAAACUACGACGAAUUAGCCCGAGGCACGGACGAUUUCAACGGCGCGCAAUUAAAAGCCGUCUGCGUGGAAGCUGGGAUGUUAGCGUUGCGAAGAGACGGGACGACGGUCAACCACGAAGAUUUCGUCGAAGGCAUCGUACAAGUCCAAGCGAAGAAAAAGAGCGACUUGGCGUACUUCGCUUAA